AUGUCACAAGAUGAUGCAGAAGACAAGCAUCGUCAAAUCCAACAAAUGGAUUCGAUAUACACCUCGGCAGAGCUCACUCUGAUUGCAGCAGCAGGCGAUGACUCCUCAUACGGCCUACCGGGUCUACAAGAGCACGAAGGCUUCCAGCGUUGCGCAUCUGAGUCUGAUGUGUUUAUGCUCGAAGGCACAUUGAAUCCUCGAGCUCUAGGGGCCAGAAGCGAUGGAGCUAGCGGGCACAACAAGGUUAUGCGAUUGAUCGAACGUUACUCAGCUCGCGAACUCAGCUACGACUAUGAUGCUCUCAAUGCAAUACUGGGCGUUCUGAACUACCAUCGCGCCAAGGAUCAACCCAAUGAUACCAUAUGGGGCAUACCGUACCGUUUAGCGCAGGAUGAGCAGCGUAUCAUUUGUAUCAGUUGGAGGCACGCUUCAACCGCCAUCAGACGACCAGAAUAUCCCAGUUGGUCACCACUGGGCUGGAAUGGAUCCAUCGAAUUCGCAGCUGAUCUUCACCAAUUUGAAUUAUCCGAGAAGGAUGCUAGUAGCAUUUCUGAUCAUGUUCAGAAUGGGAUCGGAGACAGGCACUUCAGGGAGAAUCCACGGUAUCUACGGAUCACCGUCAAACUCCACCGAUUUCCUGUGGUCAGCAUGAUACGGGCAGGUGGAGUCGAUCGGUGGGAUACAGAUUUUACUGAGUGGCCACGAGCAUUUCUAGUAUUGCCCAUCGGCAGCGCUACGGAAGAUGAGGCAGACAUCAAACUUUACAUGCACGUGUUAUGGGACACAGAACCCCCUGACGACUAUGACUGCACCCAAACAAUAUGCGCGAUCAUACACGACAAAGAUCUCAGAUCUUUGUCGAUGAUGGUACUCCGCGACCACGGAACUUAUUACGAACGCAUAGGGUUUGCCAUGACUGAACUCUCGAUCCAUGACUACAUGAUCAAGAUAGGAGAAGGGUUCGACGUUUUGGAUUCUAGCACCAAUGGUAUCCAGACUUUGAGGGCUAAGGACAUGCCGGGCUUCUUAUGGAGUAGCUUGCAGGAUGGCCAUGAAGAGUAUUUAGCCUGGAUACGUGACUCGGAGCCGGUGACCAUCACCCUGGGCUAA